AUGGCACAUGUUGUGAUUGUACUACUGGUAGUAUGUGCAUGUUUCCAAUACGGAUGCAGUCAAGCGGGUUAUAGCGAUCUACAGAUUGAAAAGCUUUACAAAAAAUUUCUCAAAAAAUAUCCACGUGAUUUUCGAAAUGAUAAAACGAGUUAUUUGGAACGUUUGAAAAUCUUCAAAGAGAACAUGCACCUUAUCGAUGCAUCAAACAAUGAAAAUACCACGGCAGUUUUUGAAGUUACAAGAUUUGCCGACUGGACUGACGAGGAAUUCAACGCGUUUUCGGGUCCACUGGUGGAUUCGAAUCGUGUUUACCGUAACGACGAGGAUGGCUGGAUUCAAGUGAGUUGGGAUGGUUCCAACUAUCCGCCACAUUGGGACUGGAGAGAUUAUGAAGGCGUGACUGCGAUCAAAACACAAUGUUCGUUUAGAAUUGCCACGGUCAAACUGAAAUUGCAAAUUAAGUCAAGGAGAUUUACUGCUUAUCACUUAGAAAUGCUUUUACUUAUCACAUUUGAUUUAGAUACGAUUUUAGCCUAA